UUCACUAACUUUUCCUUCAAACACUCUCUCCCCCCUUCAUCCCGAGAAAACCUUUUCUCUGUCACUUUUCAUCCAUUUCUUUUUCCAUCUCUUAGCUUCUCUCUCUCUUUCAUGGAAAUGCCUUUCAACUCUAUGCAUAGCUUCUAUUGAAAAGCCCAUAUGUUUCUUUCAAUCCCUAUUAUCUCUCUCUAUCUCUCUCUCCCUUUUGAGCUUCUCAUCUCUCCCAUGCAACCAAAUCAUAAGGCACUCAUGGUCUAAUAAUAAUUCAUAAAUCACACAAACCUUUCUUCCUCUUUCAUUCUUUCUCAUUCCCAUUACCCCAUUUGUGAUCUUCUUCUCUCUUGAGCCCCUUUCACUUGUUUAAACCCAUUUUGGGUGUACCUCUCUUUGACUCACCUAACUACUUAAUUUGUAUCCAUCUCUCUUCACAAUAUAUAUCUUCAUGUUCUCAUCAAGCUCAAACCCCACAAUGAGAUCACCAUCAUUCCCAGCUUCACCACCUAAUUCCCUGCCUGAUCUCUCCUUGCAAAUCAGCCCGCCGUCCGUAAACUCCGACUCCGAGGCGAAGCACGGCGGCCCCGCCAGCGACCGGAGCUCCACCACCGACUCGGGGAGCAGCGGGAGUGAUCUCAGCCACGAGAACGGGUUCCUGAGCUUAGGGUUUCACCAAAUGGGUGAUAAUGGUGGCGGCGGUUAUUACAGUGCAAACAAUGGUUAUCAUUAUUCACCGCAUGUGCAAAUUAGCCCGAGAGGCUACCACCAGCCUCACAUAUAUGGGCGCGAGUUCAAGCGAAGCUCGAGGGUAGUUGGUGGGCCGAAGAGGAACGUCAGAGCGCCAAGGAUGCGGUGGACUACCACUCUUCAUGCCCAUUUCGUCCAUGCAGUCCAGCUUCUCGGCGGCCAUGAAAGAGCGACGCCGAAAUCGGUGCUGGAGUUGAUGAAUGUGAAGGAUCUAACCCUAGCACAUGUGAAGAGUCACUUGCAGAUGUAUAGAACAGUCAAGAGCACUAACAAAGGAUCAGGUCAAGGGCAGAGCGGUAACAAAGAAGUUAAUGGAGCUUCGAACCAAAGGACAGGCAAUAUCGUAGAUUUAGAAGGCCAAGCUGUAUCAUCUGAGAAACCUGUCCCUUCUCCCAGCAAAUCAUCACAUCUUGGACCUCUCCAUGGGUCAGCCUCCUCAUCCCUCAUCAUCAGGGGUUCGUGGGUGUCAUCAAUGGAGAUCAAUGAAGCAAGUCAGCCUAAUCAUGAGGAUGCCUUUGCGUAUUCCGACUUGAAGGCAGACGAGGGCAAGGUUGAAACACAUGAUUUGGCUCCACAUAUGUCAUCCAAUUCAGAGGGAAGGUCGAAUUCAAUCUCGCUAACACAUCCGGAUAUGUUGCUUAAUCUGGAUUUCACCCUCGGCAGGCCGAGUUGGCACUUGGGUUAUGCCGAAUCUUCCAAUGAGUUAGCCCUUCUUAACUGCUAAGAGCUUAGGUCCAAUUUUUCUGAUCUUCUGCUUUCUGGGGAGCUGAAACGUUCUAUAUUUGUUCCCAUCGAUUCGUACCAUUUUCUUCAAUUUAUGAAGAAGAAGAAAGCAAAUCGUAUGAAUAUUUAUGCAGCAAAAUCAUACAUAGGUGGCAAUACGUCCAUGUGGUCGUAAUUACAAACUGAAAAUGCCAGGAAUAUUUAGGUGGAAUUUUAAAACAAAACGAUAAUAACGGUUACAUGAAUAAGUACUGGCUGAAUCAAGAUCAUAAAUCAAUAUCGUGAUGAUGAAAUCCCAAAGUGGUUUAGAAGGGAAGGAUAUAUAUAGGGUCAUCCUCUUGCGCUCCGGUGCCCUCAUUAACAAAGGCUCAAGGACGACCGCCGAAGUAAUUGUUCCUAUUGAGGACGCAAGAAGGACACACUCAUUGGCUUACCUAGAUAACUCUAUAUGUAACCAUAGUCGAUUCUAUUAAGUUCAUGGAUCUCCUUAAAAAAAAAAAAAGGAAAAAUCCGAAAGUCACGUGUUUUUUUUUUUUCUUCAA